GGUGGGAGGCAGGGAUACAGAGGCGAGGGGGACAAUAAAGCACUACACGUCAGACAACAGCUCAAGUUCUCAGACCCUGGCGUCUUGCCCGCGCCCAUGUUCCCACAACAACAAGCCAAGGGCACGCCCCACCGGUGUCCGUCCCACCAAUCAGACUCCUCUACUCCCUCGGGUGUGUUUCCGUGGGAACGGGACGACCAAAAGCCUUCCACCAGGGGACGACUCGCUCCUCCUCCAUCUCCCCCUCUCCCCUCCAGCAAUGUCAUCAGACGAGGACAGGAUGCUGGGGGUGGUGGGAUGGUGGAGGACCUCGGGAGAGAGACAGACAUGUCCGGGUGUGUAGCCGAGCUGCAGGGGCGUAUGCGUGGCCUACAAGGGGAGCUGGAGGCUGAGUGUGAGCGGUUCAGACAGUCCCAGGAUGCUCUAGCCAACGCCAGGAGAGACCUGACCACCAGAGAACAGAGUCUACAGAGGGCCAAGGACGAACUGAGCCUCGCUCACAUGCGCAUCUCACAGGGGAGCGAUCGGGCCCAGUCGUUGGAGCAGCGUGUGAAGCAGCUGCAGGAGGAACUGAAGUGUCAGAGACAGAACACUGAGAGCAGCCGCCUGCAGCACCACCAACGCACCAGAGACCUGGACAAGCAACACCAGAGGUCCUCCCCGAGUCACUGUGUGAGAGGGAGGGGCUGAAUGUAACACUGGAGCAGAGCAGGAGGAGAGAGACAGGACUGGAGGAGGAGGUGAAGAAGCUGGCUGAGGAGCUGGCAGAGGCCCUCAGAUGCAUCAAAGAACUAGAAGACCAGAAGACGGUCCAACCCACUGCUGCUCCAAUGACUCCAGUCCCGUUUAGCCCUGCCGGAUAGAGCUUUGCCCCGGUCUCACAACCACGACAUGGCCACACCAU